AUCGCUGAGACAACCAUCAAACGUCGAUCAACGUUUGGACAAAACAAAACCCAACCCAACCCAACCCGAUUCGAAAUCAAUCCAAUCAUGAGCCUGCGACUGUGCCUGCUGCUGGCCUGCCUUUGCGUGGCGGUCAAUGCCAACAAGGAUGCAUCCUCGACGAGCAUGCACGAGCUGAAGCCCACCAAAUGGCUGAGUGCCUCGGAGCUGGAGAAUGUGCCCUCGCUGAACGACAUUACCUGGGAGCGUCUGGAGAACGAGCCCCUGCAUAAGGGUGCCAAUUUGAUUGAGAAGAUCUAUCAUGUUAGCCAUAUCAAGCACGAUCUGACGCCCAGCUUUGUGCCCAGCCCCAGCAAUGUGCCCGUUUGGAUUAUCAAAUCCAAUGGCGAUCGUGUGGAGGCCAAGCUGAACAACUAUGUGGAGAAGGCCAAGGCUCAGACCGGUUUCGGUGAGGAUGAGGUUACCAUUGUUUUGACUGGCCUGCCCCAGACCAGCCAGACCGCCAAGAAGGCCAUGCGCAAGCUGGUCCAGGCCUACAUCCAGCGUUACAACCUCCAGCAGCAGCAGAAGAAUGCCCAGGAGCAGCAGCAGGGACAGGAGAAGAGCAAGGACUACGACUACACCUCCACAUCCAGCGAAGAGCAGUCGGAUCAAUGGAAAUCGGCCAAGACAGCCAGCGGUGAUUUGAUCAUCAUCGAUCUGGGAUCCACUUUGACCAACUUCAAGCGUUAUGCCAUGCUCGAUGUGACUGCAACCGGUGCCAUGAUCGGCCAGACGCUCGUGCAGCUGACCAACAAGGGUGUGCCCCAGGAGAUUAUCCAUUUGAUUGGCCAGGGUAUUGCCGCCCAUGUGGCUGGUGCUGCCGGCAAUGAUUUCACCGCCCAAACCGGACACAAGCUGCGCCGCAUCACCGGCCUGGACCCCGCCAAGCUGCUCUCCAAGCGUCGCAACGCCUUGGUUGGCCUGUCCCGCGGCGAUGCUGAUUUCGUUGAUGCCAUCCACACCUCUGCCUAUGGCAUGGGCACCUUCUUCCGUUGCGGCGAUGUUGACUUCUAUCCCAAUGGCCCGGCUGCUGGUGUGCCCGGUGCCAAGAACGUGAUCGAGGCCGUGGCCCGUGCUACCCGCUACUUUGCCGAGUCUGUGCGUCCGGGCAAUGAGCGCAACUUCCCAGCUGUGCCUGCCAAUUCGCUGCAGCAGUACAAGGAGAAGGAUGGCUUUGGCAAGCGCGCCUACAUGGGCCUCCAGACCGACUUUGAUCUCCAGGGCGACUACAUUCUCGAGGUCAAUGAGAAGAGCCCCUUCGGCCAGCGUACCCCAGCCCACAAGCAGGCCUCCUACCACGGUGUCCAUCACCAGAACUAGGAUCCAUCACCCCCAUCCCCACCCCCCGGACCCUUUGGAUAUGCUCAUGUCAUACACAACAAACAAGCUCUGAAGAAAAUUUAACUUAACUAACAACGAAAAAAAAACAACCUUAAAAAAUCCCACAAAAAAUAAAACCCGCAAAUUUUCUAAAAAUUAAA